GGCAUUGGAUGGCCAAUGCAGCUGUUACCGGAUAGCUUCCUGCUAAGCAGGUGAGCCGAGACCACACGCAGUGGAGCAAUGUCCACAGCUGAUGUGCAGAUCUUAGAGCCAGAGGAUGUCAGGUCCUUGGAGGCUGACCUGGAGCAGCUGAAGAGGACAGUGGCUGUCGCCAGUUUGAGCACAUUUUGCUUGGGAUACAACACCGGCAUUGUUGCUGGUGCCCAGGAGGGCAUUAUGGAGGACCUACACCUUCAAAACUUGGCCGUGGCGGAACUGGUCAGUGCGGCGCUGUUGGGUGCCACCGUGGGAGCUUUGUGCGGACAGUCUGCCAACACUCUUGGUCGUCGGCGGGCCCUACUCACCACUGCAGCUCUGUUUGUGGUGUCUCCUUUGCUGUCAGCGCUGUCUCCAAACUAUGCGGUGUUGCUUUUCGGCAGGACAUUGACAGGAAUUCCGAUUGGAGUCUCUUCGGUGCUGACGAACCUCUACAUCACAGAGGUGAGUCCUGCAGUUUGUCGAGGUCGCCUAGGUGGAUGGGCGCCAUUCAUCGGCACCGGUGGCAUUUUGGUGUCCUAUUUGGUGUCUGCGGCUUUACAGCCCUUCUCGCAUGAGGCCUGGAGGUGGCAAAUUGGCCUCGCAGCCGUCCCAGCUGCAGCUCAGCUGUUGCUCAGUGCCAACCUGCCGGAGACGCCACGGUGGCUUCUGUCCCAGUCCAGGAAGGAAGAGGCCAAGGAUUCCUUGCGACAACUCUUCCGCAAGGUUGGCAGAGAGUGCAUCGAGGAUGAGGUGUACAAGCUGGAGGCGGAUUUGUGCAGAUCGAAUGUUCCCAGCGUCCGCAUUUGGGGACUCUGCAGCGGCGAACAUCGGGCAGCUACCUUGGUGGGUGUGGGCAUCAAUGUACUGCAGCAGGUCUCCGGCAUCAACGUUUUUAUUUACUUUGCACAGGGGAUUCUGGACGACGCUGGCUUUGGAAGCUAUGCCAUGAUCUCUGCAGCCAUCGUAAGCUGCAUCCAGCUUCUGGCCACUGCCGCUUUAAUCAGGUACAUUGACAAGAUGGGUCGUCGACCAUUGGCAGCCAUUGGCAUCAUUGGAAUGUUGGUUGGCUUGAUGUUGAUCGUCUUGGGCUCUCUACUGCGUGGCUUUGGAGUAUCCGUUGGUGUGGCGGCGUGGUUUGCGUUGAGCAGCAUGUUGAUCUACCGCGCUGCCUUCUCUCUAUCCCUGGGCCCUUUGCCCUACGUCAUGACCUCGGAGUUCUUCGCGCAAGAAGCGCGCGCCGCUGGAGUUGCUUUCUGUUGGGCCAUGAAUUGGCUUUCCAACUUCGGCGUUUCGUUGAGCUUCAAGGUCUUGGUGAAGGCGCUCCCUGGGCCAUUUGGACAAGCCUUAAUUUUUGGCAUGUACAUGUUCUUUUGCAUCAUCGCCCUGGUCUUUGUUUAUAUGCUCCUGCCCGAGACCAAUGGUGUUUCUUUAGAGGCGGAACGCACCAGAAAUCGAACCGCAAACAGCGAGGAUUCUUCUACCGGUUUUGCUCGCAUGUAAAGUCCUUGGGAUAUCUUUGGACCCAAGGAUAGCACUGCUCAGUGAGCGCUGUGCACCGCGGUGAUUUCAAAGUUAAGAAAUUGCGGAAAGAUUGGAGACACAAAGGCCUGAUCACGCAGG